AUGAAGAGGAUGGGUCGCUAAAAACUUGACUGGACUGCCAGCUGCAAUGUCGAAUUUUACAAGAAAAUUGUGGUAUUUUAAAUCUUAAAAUCAUUAUUGAGGUGAGCCGCACUGUUUCAAUAUGACGUCGACUCCAAGGAGUUGCGUAAUGCUCCAACACUUCUUUAUUUAUAAUUCAACUCUUGGGCCGAGAGAAGGCGAGGAAGAGAAGAAGAUACUGUACUACUACCCAAGAAACACGUCCAUCGAUAAUCAGAUUAAGAACGUAGGCUUGUGUGAAGCAGUCAUCAAAUUCACUGAGACUUUUGCUGAUAAUAAGCCGUGCGAGUCAAUGCAUACACAGAAGACGAGACACCUGUUUCUUCAACCAGAGAGAGACUUCUCAAUGGUUAUGGCAAUAACUGUCCCUUUCAGUGAGAAGACAAAAGAUGGGAAGACAUAUCACGAGUAUCAUGAAGAAGACAUCCAAGACUCUGUAUACUCGGCAGUCCUCAAACAUGCAUAUAACCUCUUCAAGCUUUUCAUGGGGUCUUUCACAACAAUAAUGGAGAAUAACGGCAUCGACCAGUUGAAGCACAGACAAGAGCACUUCUACAGUCGGUACCUGACAACAUUGAGGCUUGGACACAGUGACAUUCUUGAGAUCCAUAAUGGCAUCUUAUUCCUCCCGCUUGACAAGAACACCUACUUGAGGAUGCAGUGUUUUAUCAACCUGGUGGAGGCCUCUUUCAGUCAAAUCAAGUAUACAGCCUUCCUAUACAAUGACCAAUUGGUUUGGAGUGGUCUUGAACAGGACGAUAUGAGGAUUUUGUAUAAAUAUCUAACCACUAGUUUAUUCCCUUCAUCGUUAGACACGGAGCUUAAAGAAUCUGCAAUCAAGGCCAAUCAGACAUUAGGAAGUACUCACUUUGGCAAAUUUGUGACGGGGCCAACGGAUCCAAAUGAUCAGCAGUCCUCCAGCCAGGUCAGACCGCCCAAAAUCUUUGUCAGUAACGGAUCGCAUGUUGAGGAAUUACACCUUGUUGUAUAUAGGGCCCUGAGCGCAACUGUGUGUUUAAUGGUAGAUGGGUCAACGAUACCGCCCUUAGAUUGGUAUAAAAACAUUGAUGCCUUCAUCGGUCCCCAACUCAGUAGUCUAGCGUCGGACAUUGGUGAGCAGUAUGCAAAUAGGAAGGGAACCAGUAAUGCAAAUCAAGACUUCAAGUUUGUCUACUUUAAUCAGAUGAAUCUUGCCCAGAAAACCACUGUACACAAUCGCAAGACGGCCAGCGCUACCAUCAGCCCAGAGAUGGUACGCCUCAUCAGCGACAUAAACGCAGAUUUUACAAGGUCUGAGGAGGAUGGGGAAACGUUAAUGAAGACGAUAUCGGACUGUUGGGUCGUAGGAAAGAAAUCUGACCAGCGAGAAUUCUACGUCGUCAUCAAUCAAAAGAAUGCAAACCUUAUAGAAAUCAAUGAGGAAGUGAAGAGAUUAUGCGCUGCACAUUUUACCAACAUCUUCUUCCUGGACUAAGGUAACAAAUUAAGUGCCAUGGGACAAGCCUGGUGAUGAUCUUGUGUUUUUCAUUUGAAUAAAAUACCUCAUUGAGUAAUAUCUUUUUGAAAAAAUAUUUACUGUGAAUGUGAUGAUUAUCUGUCAAAAGUAUCGAAGUACACUUUACACAUCUCCCCCGAGUGCUUAAUCAAAUCAUUUUGAAUCUGGGAUUGUGAAAUAGAUUCGGGUCGAGUAAAUAUUUCAAAUUAUAUACCUCAUUUAGCGAAUCCUCUAAUCUGAUUGGUUAAAAUGGAGUCAUGGAAUUAGCGUCAUAGUUGACUAUGCUUGGGGCAUAGCAAUCGACUGGGCCGGCCCUGAAAAUAACAGUCGCAAAUAGGUUGCUCGUGCGUACUGUUUGUACGACUAGCGUUCUGUGUCCAUUAGCCAAGGUUUAUUAUCUUUAUUCGGUAUAUAAAAGAAAUAUUGACUGCUUAAUAAUCUGGGAACAGUUAAUAUUAUAGGCCCUCGGUGAUGUCAAGACAAUGACUAUGCCCUCAGCUUAGCAUUGGUCAUAGUCAUGGUUUUGACAUCACCUUGGGCCUAUAAUUUUAACUGUGCCCCUCAAAGCAGUCAAUAUUUCUAUACUACAAGCCCCUGCAGUCUUGUGGGUCUUCACCCACAAGUUCAAGCCCUGAACACCAUUAGCAAGAGUUGAGCUGUAACCAUAGCUGCUAAAAGACCAACCUCGUUCCCAGGGGUGAUUGAUCUCGCCGCGCCAUUAUUUUACCAGCAUGCCUUGCUCGAUCAUAACCCCUGGAAGUGUGACUUUAAAAUGUCCAACUAUAUUGGAUAUUGCAAUUAGUCCUGUGGUUGAUAUGUUCUGUGUUGGGCGUUAUUCGCGCACAGGCUGGAUGCGCUGUGUGGAAAAUUGUAGAAUACAUACUGUGAUAAGUCAUAAACUUGGCAAAUAGUGUUGCAUAACAAAAAAGUGAAUACGUACAUCUUUAUACGCACGUGGUUCGGCAUAUAGAGCUUUUUGAAGACGCACUGCGUUUCAUAUUUUGCGCAAAUAUGAUAGCCAAUCAAAGACACAGAUCGGAGUUUCCCACCCAGGGGUAAGAGAUAGUACGCAGAGCUAGUGGGUGAUACAGCGCGCUGCCCAUGGUAGCGAGGUUGCUAAUAGACCUUUAUCAUGCUGCCACCAUCUUGGUCAUGUUCCCUGUAUCCAACAUCAGUAAUGGGAUGCUAAUGUACAAAAAGGAACCAGACCAAUUUUCCCUUCCAGCCUCAGUUUGCUUAAAUUGAUUUGAUUUGGAUUAAAAACAAGAUGGCCGCACCAUGAUAAAGGUCUAUUCUUGUUUCCAAACACAAAGCUUGUUUAUUGAUGGGUCUGUAGAAGUAAACAAAUCUGAUACAGGUUUUCUAUUGAGGAACAAAAGUGGACAACCCAUUUUCCCAAAAAUCUGGUAGAGUAAAAACAGAAUUUAUUUCCACAUACAGUCUUUUUUCAAAACUUUCAUUUUCUGCCAUCAGAUAUUUUGAAUUUUUACAUUUCAUCAUACACAGGCGAUCCGAAAGUGAACAAACGCAAAUUUCCAAAUUUUGACUAGCAGAAAAUGUAAUGAACGUUUCGGUCCAAACCAAAUUUCAAAAUUGGAAUAAACAUUUUGGUCCAAACCAAGUCUCCAAAUUGGAAUAUUGGAAUGAACAUUUCGGUCCACACCAAAACUCAUAAUUUUAAAAAGGGGCUGUAGUUGAACGUAAAUGGUCCUCCAUAUUUUUCUCCUAUGUUGAUAUUGUACAUAGUGUACAUAAUGUAUAAUAUAAUUUUUUUAUUAAGAUAUUAAUAUACAAAGUACAAUAUGAUGUGCAAAUAUUAUAACAUCAUCAGAAGGUUAUAUGAUGAUGGUGAAUCAAUUACUACAUCGAGCCAUAUUGGCUCUACAAUGUGCCGUUUCGCUCACUUACUCUGAAACAAGUCUUUGUUUGGUUAAAGGAUUUUGGGAACACAAUGUCCACAGAUUCACAUUAAACUUACACUGUUUGAAGAUAAUGAUAGUAGAAAGCGUACCUUAAAAU